GUCAUUUUGCACCAAAUCCGUUGCAGCAGCAAGGCCAGAGAGUUUGCCUUGACUCCCCUCACUACCAAAAUAAAUGUGCAGGGCAGGAUUGUUCCACUGAGCAGCCGUGAGUGGGGAGAAAGGAGAAGAAAGGAGAUGGUACGUGCCGACAGCUCUAAACUGAAUGCAGUGAGGAUUGCUAUGUACGGGAGAGUUCGGGGGAGAAAGAGGAGGAAGUCACAGAGGCAGCCCAGGCUCGCAGGAUGGCGAGAGCCAAGCUGAAGAAUUCCCCUUCAGAGAGCAACUCACAUGUGAAGACUGUCCCACCAGCAACGACAGAAGAUGUCCGUGGGGUGAGCCCCUUGCUGCCAGCGCGGAGGAUGGGCUCCUUGGGGAGCGAUGUCGGACAGAGGCCCCACGCCGAGGAUUUCAGCAUGGAUUCCUCCUUCUCUCAGGUGCAGGUGGAGUUCUACGUCAAUGAGAACACCUUCAAGGAGCGCCUGAAGCUCUUCUUCAUCAAAAACCAGCGAUCGAGUCUGAGGAUCCGACUGUUCAACUUCUCCCUGAAGCUGCUCACCUGCCUGCUUUACAUCGUGCGCGUGCUGCUCGACAACCCGGAGGAGGGCAUAGGAUGCUGGGAAUGCGAGAAGCAGAACUACACCCUCUUCAAUCAGUCCACCAAGAUCAACUGGUCACACAUCUUCUGGGUGGACAGGAAGCUGCCUCUGUGGGCUGUCCAGGUCAGCAUCGCCCUGAUCAGCUUUCUGGAGACCAUGCUGCUCAUCUAUCUCAGCUACAAGGGGAACAUCUGGGAGCAGAUUUUCCGCAUUUCUUUCAUCCUUGAGAUGAUCAAUACAGUGCCCUUCAUUAUCACAAUAUUUUGGCCUCCUCUGCGGAAUUUGUUCAUCCCUGUCUUUCUGAACUGCUGGCUCGCCAAGUAUGCCUUGGAGAACAUGAUAAAUGACCUGCACCGUGCCAUCCAGAGGACCCAGUCUGCCAUGUUCAACCAGGUGCUCAUCCUCAUCUGCACCCUCCUGUGUCUCGUCUUCACUGGCACCUGCGGCAUCCAGCAUUUGGAGAGAGCUGGAGAGAAGCUCUCCCUCUUCAAAUCCUUCUACUUUUGCAUCGUCACCUUUUCCACUGUGGGCUAUGGGGAUGUGACACCCAAGAUCUGGCCUUCCCAGCUCCUUGUCGUCAUCAUGAUCUGCGUCGCGCUGGUUGUGCUGCCGCUGCAGUUUGAGGAACUCGUCUACUUGUGGAUGGAGCGGCAGAAGUCAGGGGGCAACUACAGCCGGCACCGCGCCCAGACGGAGAAGCACGUCGUGCUGUGUGUCAGCUCACUCAAGAUUGACCUCCUCAUGGACUUCCUCAAUGAGUUCUACGCCCACCCACGCCUGCAGGACUACUACGUGGUGAUCCUCUGCCCCACAGAGAUGGACAUCCAGGUGCGGCGGGUGCUGCAGAUCCCUCUGUGGUCACAGCGGGUGAUCUACCUGCAGGGCUCUGCGCUGAAGGACCAGGACCUCAUGAGAGCCAAGAUGGACAAUGGGGAAGCCUGCUUCAUUCUCAGCAGUCGGAAUGAGGUGGACCGCACGGCGGCGGACCACCAAACCAUCCUGAGAGCCUGGGCCGUGAAAGAUUUUGCCCCAAACUGCCCUCUCUAUGUGCAGAUCCUAAAGCCGGAGAACAAGUUUCAUGUCAAGUUUGCUGAUCACGUCGUCUGUGAGGAGGAGUGCAAGUACGCCAUGCUGGCGCUCAACUGUGUCUGCCCCGCCACCUCCACACUCAUCACGCUGCUGGUGCACACCUCCCGUGGGCAGGAAGGCCAGGAGUCCCCGGAGCAGUGGCAGAGGAUGUACGGGCGCUGCUCGGGCAAUGAGGUCUACCACAUCCGCAUGGGUGACAGCAAGUUCUUCAUGGAGUACGAGGGGAAAAGCUUCACCUACGCCGCCUUCCACGCACACAAGAAGUACGGCGUCUGCCUGAUCGGCAUCCGCAGGGAAGAGAACAAGAGCAUCCUGCUGAACCCCGGCCCACGGCACAUCAUGGCUGCGUCUGACACCUGCUUCUACAUCAACAUCACCAAGGAGGAGAACUCUGCCUUUAUCUUCAAGCAGGAGGAGAAGCAGAAGAAGAAGGGCUUUGCAGGCAGAGGCACCUAUGAUGGCCCUUCCCGCCUGCCCGUGCACAGCAUCAUUGCCAGCAUGGGUACAGUGGCCAUGGACCUGCAGAACACUGAGUGCCGCCCCACCAACAGCAGCAAGCUGGCGCUGCCAGCAGAGAACGGCUCGGGCAACCGCCGGCCCAGCAUCGCACCUGUGCUCGAGCUGGCUGACACCUCAUCCCUGCUGCCCUGCGACCUGCUCAGCGACCAGUCGGAGGAUGAGAUGACACAGUCAGAUGAGGAGGGCUCAGCAGUGGUGGAGUACGUGAAGGGCUACCCACCCAACUCCCCAUACAUCGGCAGCUCGCCAACCCUAUGCCACCUCCUGCCUGAGAAAGCCCCAUUCUGCUGCCUGCGGCUGGACAAGGGCUGCAAGCACAAUAGCUUUGAAGACGCCAAGGCCUAUGGCUUUAAGAACAAGUUGAUCAUCGUGUCGGCAGAGACCGCUGGCAAUGGGCUGUAUAACUUCAUCGUCCCGCUGCGUGCCUACUAUCGGUCUCGCAAAGAGUUGAACCCAAUUGUGCUGCUUCUGGACAACAAACCAGAGCACCACUUUCUGGAAGCCAUCUGUUGUUUCCCCAUGGUUUACUACAUGGAAGGCACCAUUGACAACCUGGACAGCCUGCUGCAGUGUGGCAUCAUCUAUGCUGACAACCUGGUGGUUGUGGACAAGGAGAGCACCAUGAGUGCUGAGGAGGACUACAUGGCGGAUGCAAAGACGAUUGUCAACGUCCAGACCAUGUUCAGGCUCUUUCCCAGCCUCAGCAUCAUCACAGAGCUGACCCAUCCUUCCAACAUGAGGUUCAUGCAGUUCAGAGCAAAGGACAGCUAUUCCUUAGCCCUUUCCAAGCUAGAGAAGAAAGAGCGUGAGAAUGGCUCCAACCUGGCCUUCAUGUUCCGCCUGCCCUUCGCUGCAGGGAGGGUCUUCAGCAUCAGCAUGCUGGACACGCUGCUCUACCAGUCGUUUGUGAAGGACUACAUGAUCACCAUCACCCGGCUGCUGCUGGGCCUGGACACCACGCCGGGCUCUGGCUACCUCUGUGCGAUGAAGAUCACAGAGGACGACCUGUGGAUCCGGACCUACGGGCGCCUCUUCCAGAAGCUCUGCUCCUCCAGUGCUGAGAUCCCCAUCGGCAUUUAUCGGACGGAGUCGCACAUGUUCGCCACCUCCGAGCCCCAUGACAUCAGAGCACAGUCACAGAUCUCCAUCAACGUGGAGGACUGCGAGGAUACGAAGGAUGUGAAGGAGCACUGGGGCAUCAAGACGGGCCACCACAGGAACUCGUGCUCCAGUGACCAGUCCGAGCACCCGCUGCUGCGGCGCAAGAGCAUGCAGUGGGCACGUCGGCUGAGCAGGAAGGGCAACAAGCACUCCGGCAAGACAGCCGAGUGGAUCAGCCAGCAGCGGCUCAGCCUGUACCGCCGCUCCGAGCGGCAGGAGCUGUCCGAGCUCGUCAAGAACCGCAUGAAGCACCUGGGCUUGCCAACCACCGGGUAUGAUGAGAUGAAUGACCACCAGAACACUUUGUCCUAUGUCCUGAUCAACCCACCCCCAGACACACGGCUGGAGCUGAACGACAUCGUGUACCUGAUCCGCUCCGACCCGCUGGCACACGUGGCCAACGACGGGCACAGCCGCAAGAGCAGCUGCAGCAACAAGCUGGGCCCCUGCAACCCCGAGACACGGGAUGAGACCCAGCUCUGAGCACAACCCAUGUGCUGCGGGGACAAAAGCGAUGGGACAGGCGGGCAGGCGGCCGGCCAGAGGAACCACGUGGGAGUUUUUAACUUUUUAUACCAAUACCGCAACUAGUGAGAAAGUCUUUGCUGGUGCUGGUGGUGAGACUGGAGCUACAACUCGGCCCGUUUGGGCAGGAGGCCGUGUUCAGAAUUGUCCCCAAAUGAUGCAGGCUGUUCGCGUUGGAUGGGGACAUUGCUGAGCCAAGGGCGGCUGCUUGUCCCGCUCCUCUUUGCUGGGUGUCCGGGAUGGAUAGCCCAAAUUUGGCUCUUUCACCCCAAUGCUCUCCUUGCUUCUUGGCUUGUCCUGGGGGCUGCGUGGAGACAGUGAGGAAGAAGAGGACAGUGCAGCCCUUCCAGCACCCAAGCAACAUCUGCAGACCCCAAAACACACCGAAAAGACAACAGUGUGACCCAAAGCCGUGCGGCACUGCUCUUGUUGCACACAUCCUGGCUCUGGGGACGCUGGCACCCACUGGGGCUCAGCAGCAAAGGCACCAGGACGGGGACGUGUCCCGCUGGCUCCAUGUGGUGCUGGCCUGGCCAAGGCCCCGUGCUGCAGAUGAUGUGCAUUGGCAGCCCAACUCGACCCCUGGCUGCUUUCAGCACAACGGCAGUGGAGACCUUUCUAUAGCAGAAACACGAGAUGUAUUUUCCAUCUAUUUUUGCACACUUUGCAAUGUCGACGUGUAAAGGUUUUUUUUGUUGUUUUUUUUUUUUCUUUGACUGCCAAGUGAAUAACCGAGUUGUUAACUUUAUAUACUUUUACAUUCAUAUACUAAAACUUCAAUGUGAUUUUUUUUUUUUUUUUUUAACAAGAAGCCUGUAAAGCACAACACAGCCAAUGCCCUCCCAGCGCCGCUGCCAGGAAGGGGUUCUGCCAUUCCCAUCCACUGCCCCUUCCCCACGACACACAAUAAAUGUUGUUUACAAAAACCUGCUGAAAAUUACGGCACCCCACGAAGGCGCUGAGCUCUGUGCUGCCUGAAAAGGGAGGAAAACCUACCCAGCCAAAGCUCUAUGGGCUGAUGAUUGGACGGGGCCUGGGCUGGCCUUGCUUCUAAUGCCCAUGGUUUCUGCUGCUUUGCAGCCCAGCAUUGCCAUCUGGCACUCAGUGGGCAGUGCAGGUGGAAAUACCCAACCCCCACCCGAGCCCUGCGCUGCACUGCGCUGUGGGCACAACCAAACCAUCACUGAUGCUGUUUGAUGUUAUUUGUUUCGCUUUUAACGAUGCUUUUUUUUUUUUUUUUUUU